CCGGGACAUGGUGAUCUGGCCACAGAGCAACCAGCUCCUCGGAGCUCGCGCAGCCGAGCGCCCAGGCCGUAGUUCCCGGGGGCGGGCAGGCGCUGCGGGCUCCCCGGCUCCCCGCCUUCCCCUGCACCCGAGCGGGCCAUGCGCCCGGGCUAGAGCGUAGCCGCCGGCAUGCCGCUCCCGCUGCUGCUCGCCGUGCUCUGCCUCGCCGCCUGCCCGGCCCCCGCGCGCGCCUGCCAGCUGCCGUCGGAGUGGCGACCCCUGAGCGAGGGCUGCCGAGCCGAGCUGGCCGAGACCAUCGUGUAUGCCAAGGUGCUGGCGCUGCACCCUGAGGUGCCCGGCCUCUACAACUACCUGCCGUGGCAGUACCAAGCUGGAGAGGGAGGGCUCUUCUAUUCCGCCGAGGUGGAGAUGCUGUGUGACCAGGCGUGGGGCAGUAUGCUGGAGGUGCCCGCCGGCUCCCGGCUCAAUCUUACAGGUCUGGGCUACUUCUCCUGUCACUCCCACACGGUGGUCCAGGACUACUCCUAUUUCUUCUUUGUCAGGAUGGAUGAAAAUUACAAUCUCUUGCCUCAUGGAGUCAAUUUCCAAGAUGCCAUCUUCCCAGACACACAAGAAAACAGAAGGAUGUUUUCCAGCCUCUUCCAGUUUGCUAAUUGCUCCCAAGGGCAGCAGCUGACCUUCUCGAGCGACUGGGAGAUCCAGGAAGACAACAGGCUCAUGUGCUCCUCGGUGCAAAAGGCCCUGUUUGAGGAAGAGGACCACGUUAAAAAGCUGCAGCAGAAGGUGGCCACCCUGGAGAAGCGCAACAGGCAGCUCCGUGAGCGAGUGAAGAAGGUCAAGAGGUCUCUGAGGCAGGCGCGGAAGAACAGCCGCCACCUGGAGCUGGUCAAUCAAAAACUCAAUGAGAAGCUGGCGAGCGCAGGUGCCCAGCAGCACCUCAAUGCCCUGGGCCGGGAGCCCCCGCGCGCCCCCUACCUGCACGGGUAGCGUGUGCAGGAGGAUGCAGGCCUGCCUUGCCUCUCCCCCGAGGGAAUAAAUGCGGGUUCCGUACACGCACUUAUUUCAAACACUAUAGGAGAUACUCAUUAGGCAUUUGGUAGAGUCUAACUGGGUAAAACGACAAGUCUUAACUUUCCUUUCCAUUGGGUGCUGGGCCUCACUGGCCACUCGGCUUCAGACCUUAUUGUACGGCAUGCCCUUUUUCUGUCCUGGUGCCGCACAAUACCUUAAAGCAGUAGGAUCUCCCAGUUCUGGGCCAUCUUGAGUCUGGCCCUCAGUCUCAAAAGUGUCUCUUCACUGUGGAGAGACCAUUCUAGAAGAGAACAUACACGAAGAUAUCACGGGACUCUUUUUAUUUCAGAAGAGAGUCAGCGUGAGUCUCGGCAAUCAGAGCUGGCACAAGCCUGCAUUCUGAAGAGACACCGUUUUACAGAGCCUUCCGGAAUGGCCUGCUGCUUUUGUUCACAGUUUUAGAAGCAGGGUGCCCACAUGCAAAUGUGCAGAGACCCCAACUCCAUUCAGAAUUUCCCUCACAGCCGACGCAUGUUAAGGCUUAAUGACUUUAUCACAAGCAAGGGAACUGAAUAGGGAAUUGAGCGGCUGGUAAUUGGUAAAGGUAACUUAUAUCAGUUUUCCAACCCCAGCCCUCCAGGGCUGACAUGAUACCCACAGUCUGUUUUAGUCUAAAGAGUAAUUGCUUUUGUGGACAUGCUAUGUUUCAUGACGCUGGGAGUCAACCUAGUAUCUUGUGCUUGUUAGAUAAGUCUCUAGUAUUGAGCUGUACACUUGGCCCUACUGUAUGUCUGAACCAGGCCUCUUUUGAUGGACAUGUAAGGAUGUUUUCAACUCUUGUUCCCAAAUUGGAACUUAGCUCUGACACUGUAGAGUCUUAACUUGGUUUGCUCAGCCUGUCGUGCCUUUGAGUUCAAGGUCAAUGACCCCAGCACACCGCUACUGUCUGCUCUGCAAAUGCAUCUCCCUGCCUGGUGGGAUUCAGUGAGGGCCAUCUUCCCACCCAGGAUCCCAAAGGGUGUUGUCUAGGUAUACCAACCCAAGCUUCUACACAACCUCCAAACCCCUAUGCCAGAAACACACACACAGUCUCCUCCAGGUUCCCUUCAAAAGGUCUAUGCACACCCUGAUAGAAGUAUUUGUGUAACAGUGCACUUUCUUGUAAUCAACUCUUUAACAAAGCAUUCUCUUUGGAAAGAGCUGCAAGGCAGUUAGUUCAAUAAGAGCGUGCUCACUGCCCUUCCCACUUAAGACGGAUCGUGUCUCAGCUGUGCUAUUCAGAAGUCAGCUGAGUGGCUGCUGCUUCUUCUCUCCUGCUGAUGGCCCUCCAGACCAAAUGUCCUCCCAUGUUGUCCUACCAAUAGAGAGAAUCCUUUGUCUCUCUAGUGUCUACCACCCAAAGCCCACUCUAGUCUCACAAGGCUGAUAAAAUGGCCAUUCUGUCACACUGCUACCCUUGUGCUUUUCGGAAGUCCAGGCACUUCUGUGAGAAGUACCUUGUAUUGUAUGAGUAUUGUGCCCUUGGGUAGACUGGGCAUGAUAGGAACUUCUAUUCUGGGACCAAUCUUCCUCCACCCUCAGCCCCUUUAACAGCACUGUUCCUAAUUUGCUACAUAGGUGUGCCUUCUCGUUAAUUCUCCCUGGGGUCAUUUAAAUAAAGAGGUUCUGUUGCCUCCCAAGAGAAUGGCAAGCUUAGAGAUGACAGAGCCAGGACUCGGUGAACUGUGGAAGCCAAGAUGCGCUAUGUUUUGCUUUCCCAAUAAACAUGCGCAGUGGUUGCAACAGCAGUGAGACAAUGAGCGUGUCUUUGAAUCAGGGAGGUUUUGGGAUUUCCAACUUCGGCCUGGAAAAAUAAUUCAGAGCCAUUGGGGCAGACAUCUGGGAGUGACUCUGGAACACUGAGGACUGUUCAAGCCUGCGUGCCUGCCAUCCCCUGAUGGAUGUGACCUGAGUAUCCCUCCCCUUGGGUUCCCAUCUCUCAGCACAACUGUGCUCCUGCUCUGCCGCUCACCUGGGACAGGAGGUAUUAUUAAUCAAUGUCUUCAGACAUGUACCUAAGUCUUGCUAAAGGAAACUUCCCCAGGUCCCAUAAUCUUGUACCUUGUCAUCUUGCCAGAGCCCUCACCACCUCUUACUCAUAUGAGUGUGAUGUUUAAUGUUCCAUAAAAGGAUGACUCCAAGCAUCACUCAGAACAUAACAAACACCCUUUCUCCAGUCUGUUCUGGAACCUUCUGUGAAAUGCAGGCUACUGUCUCCUUUCCCUUCAAGGUACCAGAAGAUGAAUCGUCUUUUCCAAAAUCACAAACUAAGUAAGAAGCAGGUAGACUCUUGAAUCUUUAAACGACAGUCCCCAGGAAUGUCCCACUGGCAAGGUGUGGAGGGUAGCAAGUGUAGAAAUGAGACUUCCAUAGCUCCACAUUGUGCCGAGAGUCAAUGUCUUUGGUGGAUUCCCAUUCAGGGCAUUGUAUCUUCUGUACUGUUUGCUCCUUUCGAAAACUGUUUUAAACAUGGGCUAUAUUGCACAGUAUGACCCCACCUGGUAGAAGUUACUGGAAUCCUGGCAUCUGGAGCACAAGACUUAUCUAACUUUGAAGAGAAAGAUUACAAACUCAAAUCACAUUGACUUUCAAUCAAAUGGCA